AUGUCAAAGCAAUACCUUACCACGCACACCAUCGAUCAUGCCCAUCCCACAGACAUCUUUUCCCUAAGCACUACGGCAUCUCAGAUCCUCUCCUCUUCCGGCUCUUCGUCCAUCCGAGUUCACUCCACCAACCAACCGGAUUUUCCCCUCUUUCAGACUCUUGAUAAUGCUCACAAAUUAGGCUGCCACCAUACCGCCAUAAGCACAAAUGGGCAGGUAGCCGCAAGCGUGGGCUUUGAGGGCGAAGUCAAAAUCUGGGCAGUACGAGAUGAUGGGCGGUGGAGUGAAAGGACCAAGAUUGUGGAUGACAACAAAGCGGGAGAAAUAUGGUCGAUAGCCCUCUCUGAGGAUGGACAAUACCUUGCUGCUACGUCUUUUGAUGGGAGAAUCAACGUAUGGGACAAUCUUGCAGAUGGGGUCAAGAUUCGCGAAUUCGAGACGAAAGGAAGUUUCGGGAUGAGCAUAGACUUAUCCGUGAAUGGAAGAUUUACUGCUUCUGGGCAUGAGAAUGGUGGAAUUUACAUCUUCAACAAUGAUACCGGAAGGUUACUCCACUCACUGCCCGGCCUCGUCAAGCCUGUACGAGCCGUUGCAUUUUCCCCAAGAGGUACGCUACUCGCAGCUGCUGGUGACUCCAGGGUGAUUGCCUUGUAUGAUGUCUCUUCUGGCGACCAGGUAGCAACUCUUACCGGUCACGGAGCAUGGAUACUAUCGUUGGACUGGAGCGAUAGCGGAGAGUAUUUGUUGAGCGGCGCAUUUGACGGCAAAGUCAAGGUCUGGUCUAUCGAACAGCGAACAUGUGUCGCGACUCAUAUGGAGACGGAGAAGACCGUUUGGAGCGUCAAGUGGUUACCGAAGACGGGGAAGAAUGAAGGGUUUGCUACAGCUGGAGCGAAUCGGAGCAUUUCUUUCUAUAGGGAAGCUACAGGUGGAUGA